UUUGAUAUUUUGAUAUUAAUAGAAGGAAUACAUAAAUAUAUCAUAUUCCAGAAAAAGGGAUCUAUCUGUUCAUACCCCUGAGCUGAUCAAACAAAUGAUGAUGAAGCUAAAGCUCAGGCGAGAUUCUUAACAAAGUGUCCUAUUCUUACUCGGCUCAAAACUUUGGUGGUAAUCUCGCUCUAUUUCUGUCAAGGGGUCUUCAAUUUCCUUAUAAAAUCUACCAACACAAGGGACAACAAUUCAUUUCCACUGGUCUCCUUUGAGAUCAAUGCUAUCUUCUUACGUUCUCUAAAACAGUUUGCUGCUGAAGCACUCUUGUAGGUUAUUCCCAGUUCUGAUACCAUUGUAUCGGCUCUUUCAAGCUCUUAGAGCCUUCACACUCGCACCCAUAUAUAUUUAUAUAUCUAACCUUUAUUGUGCCCCUUAGAAAUUUUUAUACCUUUCGCAUCUGAAUAUGUCUUCUCAAGGUUCAGUGCGGAAACGAAAAGGUGGUUCAGUCCCACCUCAAGGAAAAGAUAAAGAUGCCUCUGUUGUUGCAGCUCCUCACCCUGAGCUCGAUGCUUUGGUGAAAGAUAUACAGACCAAAAACGGACCAGAAUGGGAUUAUAGGAUCGCAUUGUUUAUCAUCACGGUUCUGGCAUUUGUCACAAGAUUCUGGGGAAUCAGUCAUCCAAAUGAGGUGGUGUUUGACGAAGUUCAUUUCGGCAAGGUAAUUUCCAUCAUAUUCUUCAGAAGUUAUAGCUUUUCUGACACCUUGUCCAACAGUUUGCUUCAUAUUACCUUGAACGGACCUACUUCUUCGACGUUCAUCCUCCCUUUGGGAAGCUUCUUUUCGCCUUGAUGGGUUGGUUCGUCGGAUAUGAUGGGCAUUUCCACUUCGAAAACAUUGGGGACUCGUACAUCGAUAACAAGGUGCCAUAUGUGGCUUUCCGCGCUAUGCCCGCUCUCCUCGGAGCUUUAACAGUCCCCACUGUCUUCGCUAUCAUGUGGGAAUCUGGUUAUACUCUACCUGCCUGCGUCCUUUCCGCUUCAUUGGUACUAUUCGACAACGCCCAUAUAGGCCAAACCCGCUUGAUCUUAUUGGAUGCCACCCUUGUUCUUGCAAUGGCAUGCAGUCUUCUAUGUUAUAUCAAAUUUUACAAACUCCGACAUAUCCCAUUUUCGAGAAAGUGGUGGAAGUGGCUCCUAUUGACAGGAUUCGCUUUAAGUUGCGACAUCUCCACCAAGUACGUUGGCACAUUCGCAUUUGUUACAAUUGGUUCCGCAGUCGCAAUUGAUCUCUGGAGUUUGUUGGACAUCAAUCGUCGCCAGGGUGCUUUGAGCUUACCAGAAUUUGGCAAGCAUUUCGCAGCUCGUGCUGUUGCCCUCAUCAUUGUACCGUUCCUCUUCUACUUGUUUUGGUUCCAGGUACAUUUCGCAAUCUUGACCAAAUCUGGCCCUGGUGAUGAUUUCAUGUCCCCUGAAUUCCAAGAGACGCUUAGCGACAACGCCAUGACCGCAAAUGCCGUUACCAUUAAUUAUUUUGACAACAUUCAAAUCAAGCACAAGGAAACACAUGGAUACUUACACAGCCAUCCCGAUACAUAUCCACUUAGAUAUGAUGACGGUAGAGUUUCUAGUCAAGGUCAGCAAGUUACUGGUUACCCAUAUGCCGAUGCCAACAACCAUUGGCAAAUCAUCCCUGCAGGCACUUUUGAAGAGGUUGCUGGUCGCCCUGUUAAGAACAACGAAGUUGUUAGAUUAAGACAUGUGAUCACAAACACAAUGCUCUUGUCACACGAUGUUGCUUCUCCAUACUACCCAACAAACCAAGAAUUCACCACUGUUUCCAUCGAAGAGGCUUUGGGCGAUCGCCUGAAUGAUACAUUAUUUGAACUACGAAUCGAAAAUGGAAAAUCACGCCAAGACUUCAAGAGUCUUCAAGGACAAUUCAAGCUCAUUCAUUGGUCAAGUAAGGUUGCUAUGUGGACACACACAACUCCCUUGCCAGAUUGGGGCUACAAACAACAAGAAAUCAACGGAAACAAGAAUUUGGCUCAAAGUUCGAACAUCUGGUAUGUGGAUGAGAUCCCAUCCAUUCCUAAGGACUCUCCCCGUUUAAUCAAGGAAGAACGCAAGGUUAAGAGCGUACCAUUCUUGAAGAAAUGGUUUGAGCUACAACGAGCUAUGUUCUAUCACAACAAUGCUUUAACUAGCAGCCAUCCAUAUGCUAGUGAACCUUUUGUUUGGCCAUUUCUUUUGAGAGGUGUUAGUUUCUGGACCCACAAUGACACCAGACAACAAAUCUACUUUCUAGGAAACCCACUUGGUUGGUGGUUGGCAAGUAGUUUGCUUGCAGUUUAUGCCGGAAUCUGGGCUGCUGAUCAAUUGUCCUUGCGCCGUGGCGUCGAUGCACUGGAUAACCGUGAGUCUUAUACUUUUCUAGCCUCUGCAAAGACUCAAACUAACAAUUGGCUUAGGUACCCGAUCCCGUCUUUAUAAUUCCACUGGUUUCUUCUUCCUUGCCUGGGCAACACAUUACCUACCGUUUUACCUCAUGGGUCGUCAAUUGUUCUUGCAUCAUUAUUUACCUGCCCACUUAGCAUCAUGUCUGAUCACUGGAGCAUUGCUUGAGUUCAUUUUCAACGUGGAGCCUGUCAUGGACGAUGUUCCAUCGGGAGCUGCGAAGAAGGCAGGUGCAGUCAAGACGCACCUCCCAGCUCGCGAAAAGCUCGUCGGACAAAACUUAAUGAUGUCCUGGGCCGCAGUUGUAGUCAUUCUCUCCGUUGUACUUUUCGGGUGGUAUUACUUCUUACCAUUGACGUAUGGCUAUCCAGGCCUUAGCGUUCCCGAAGUCAAUGCAAGAAAAUGGCUAGGAUAUGAUCUCCAUUUCGCCAAAUAAAUUGGCGGCCUUGAAACCGAUUUAUAUAAUAAAUUAUGAGGUGAGUGGAAAGUGUAACGAUACUAGGGAAGGGUACGUGAUGCAUGGUUCGACAAAAGUGGAGUGGCUUUGGGAAUUUGACAUUGGCAAUGGGGAUUUGUAAAACAUGGAUUUCCUAGAUCUAUCUAUUAAAGUUGAAGAUUUUUUGAAUGUCCUUUCCAU